AGCUGCUGCUCUCCGUCUUUGAUCAUGUUGUAUGAGUAUGACACACAGAAUGAAUACCCUACAGUAAACAAUGAACUCAGCUUCUCAAUACUACUUUCUACAACAGUACACCGUGCAAAAUAAAUCUCUGAACUAGUAGAAGAUGGAGCUGCCUGCGGACGUCCCGGUCGCUGAAUCCGCUGAAGAUCUCACCGAGAGGACCUUGCAAAAAGCAGAGGAGACGGGGAAUGAAGCGCUGAUAACUGGCGAGCUAGAGACAGCGAUUACUGCGUUUCGCCACGCACUGGAGCACUGUGAAAAGCUGCAGAAACUGCAUCAACGGGUGAAGACCGCCGAGGGGGCUGAUGAUGUAGAAGUAGUUCCGGCUCCUGCAUCUACAACUUCGCAGGAUAAGGACCAGGAUCGUGGUUGUGCUGAGAACGAGGAUGCGAGUACUGCUCUCACGUCCAAGUCCACCAUCCAACAGAUGAAAGAGAAGAAAACCACGAUUUUAAUCGCGUUGGCGAACGCGCAACUGCAAAACGGACAGUCGUAUUCCGCCUGGAAAACGGCCGGGCAAGCGGUCUUGAAUUGCACGCGAAAUCUAUCAGAGUGCACAAUUCCUUUUCCCUGGCGCUUGCCAUGGAGAGUACCGAAUCCACUUGCAGGUUUAAGUAGUUUUUUUCGGCACUGAUGUUUCUUGCAUGAUGAUUAAAGUUCUUUCGGGACCACGACCCAAAACAGAACUGAAAUUAUCCGCGUGCCGUUCGAUUUUGCCUGCGAAAGUUGCAAUGGAAUAUGCUGCUGUUGCAAUGUAAAAAUGUUGGUUCCUCUGUUGCUGCGGAUGCCAGAGCCAACGCGGCGCAAGCGAGGGGGAAGCCGUGGGGUUGUGCAAUCUGAUAGAGCCAGUCCACGUCGGAGGUGCAGAAAGCCUACCUGUCCGAGGCCCGACUGGUCCGGGCGCGGGCGAUUACGUACAUGGAACGGCGGGACGAACAGUACUAUGACGAGGAGAGCGAGCGGAAAAGACUGAUGGCGGAAGCGGUAGCAGAUUUGCAGUCGGUGCUGGCCCACGAACCGUCCAACCAGGCGGCAAAGAACGAACUGGAAUUUUUGAACACGAAGUUGCUGCCUCCGGGCGGGAGGAAGAAGCAGAACGAACAGCCAGGUACUUGUGUCUACUUUUUGCGUUCUUGUCUUGCUGUAGUCAAUAACGACUCGCUUUGAUGAAGUAGAUGAUGCACCAUAUGGAGGAAAGCGUCGCGCAGUGUCCUACAGUAGAGCACACGGAUUUUGCGAUCAUAUCGACGUUUUGGCAGGGUAUAGAUUUUGCAGCCUGCAGCGUUGCGACGCCGGUAUUCACCCCGGUAUUCAUUUUGUGGUAGAGAUGACUGUCCAAGUAGAUCAUCACAAAGCGAUUCAGGUACUACAACUCUUCGUGGACGCGGCGGAACCACGGCAACCCGAAACAGCACGCGCAACUCCGGACGCUUGGCCCGCUCUGCCAGCAGUCACGACAACAGCUUCGCGCAAUCGCAGCUGCGGAAGUACACGCAUCCUGAGGACAGCGAGAACGCGAUGUAUUAUGACAACAACUACAGCACUUCCGAGAAUCAAAACGUCUCCGAUCACUUCAUGGACGCGAUGAGAAAGAAGGUGGAUAGCAGCAGGAGAAUGAGAGGAACUACUACGGGAAUAAACGCGGAUGCAGCUGCAUCAGCAGCUGCGUCCCAGAGCAACAAGCCGUCAUAUAGUAACACUAAUAAGCAAAAAAUUUCGACAACCGUUACAAGAUCUCCUUCCAUGUCGGGUCGGUUUAAUUUCGGCAGUACAACAAGCCAGACGAUGACGAAGGCCAAUAAGGGGACAGCCGGCAGCAAAAACUCGUCUUCAACAUCUUCCAGCGCAAUUGCACCUACAGAGCUGCAAGCGUAUCAAAUGCAAAUGUGUCUGGGUCUGGAAGAGUGCAAGAUUUGUCAUGCAUAUUCCUCAUGACCCAUGAUGCCUGUACUGCAUGACCUAGCAUGACAGACUUUUAGAGGGCUUGCUGAUGCGACUUCCGCAUGAGAAAUGCCCUGCCCGUGUAGCACAAACUAGACCUUGCUGGUCAUGCAAUGCAAAUUUGUCUAGAAUCCAAAAACAGCAUGACAAGUUGCAGCAACCUCCCAGACCCAGACAUAUUUGCAAUGGAUAAAGCGAAUACUGGUACAACCUCCUCGCCCGACACGAAAAAAUCGCAGUACCAGAAGGCUUAUCAAAUGUAAAAGUGUCUGGGUCUGGAAGAAUGCUACUUGUCAUGCUAAAUCUGAAGCAUGCAAAAAUCUGUGCUGCAUGAUUACCAAAAGUCGCCCAGUUUUGACCAAGUCGGGAUUCAGUUUCUCAUUCAGGAUAGGAAUGAGAGAGAUCGCGCAGAAUCUGUCAUGCUAGGUCCUGCAUUCCAGACCUCGUGGGUCAUGGAAAAGCUGCAUGACAAAUCUGACAAUCUUCCAGACCCAGACAUUUUUACAAUCCAUAAGGCUGUGCAGCUUGCCAAAACGUCCAUGGAGUCGCAGGCUUCGAACCGCGAGUCCCUGCUCCUUGCGGCGCAACUGAAUAGUACUUCAUCUAGGGAACAGCCUGGAGCAGGACUGGUGGUGGAACAAAAUGGACAUCCAUCGCAAGGGAUGUCAAGCCUUGGCGGCACUAGUACUCCUGCAGCGCCUGGCAUUAAAGGAGGUCAGGGUCUUCAUCUGUCCGGUGCUGUAGUAGGUGGAUCGACUAGUACAGCUGCAAUCAAUGUGACGACAAGCAAUCCGAACACGACGCGACCUUCGAAAACACGGCCUGCGUCUUCGGGGACUUACUUUUCAAAGCGAACAACGUCGCGCAGGCAGGAGAAAGGUGAAGAGCAAAAAAAUGGUGGUGAUCAGGAGAUUCUGCACAUCGCCGAUUACGUGCGGCACAAGUCGUCGCUUUUACGGCCGCAAAGUUCGAGCCUGGGGAAGAGCAGGAGUGAGGCGGUGCUGGGGCAAUUAGCGCUCGCGAAUCGACGACCGUUCUGCUGACGUGGGGUAGCUCAGAGCGGAAGAAGGUGGAGGAGGGAAAGAAUGUCGGGGAAGUAUUUAUUUUGCUCGAAAACGAACUACAGGUGAACAACGAAAACGAAAAAUGAAUCAGUGCCGGAGCUACUUGUCGGUGCGCGAGUGGUAUGUUGAAAAAUCGAAAUGCAAUAAAAACAAGAAAUCAAUGUUUUGCGAACAAGAUGAAUCGUGAUCAUUUUGAAUGGCUACUGGUACUAGAGUGGUGCAAGCACGGAAUGAAUGAGAAAUAGUUUCACGACGAAAUGGUGCAAAAGAAGCAAGUCCACCAUCGAUAGCAAGAAAUUGCCCGUUAGUUUCGUUCUCCUUUCUACAAGGCGUCUCGCGGCACCAUUGAAGACGCAUUAAAUCCAC